CGAGAGAAGCUAGUGCGCAUGUCUGAAAGGAAACUCCAUGAUUUUUUUUGGCACGGAAUCCUAGGCAAAAAUAGGAACUUGAAAUAGGGAUUAAUUGAAACGGGGCAUCGUAAAACCUUAAUCAAACCUUAGCUUGUUUUCACGCGAUCAAGAAGCUUAUGGCGUUAGUCGGAAUUUAAAUAAAGCAAUCGUACCUCCUGCGGCCGACUAAGAUCCAGUCGAAAUUUAGAUCAUUUUCGCGACAAUGCAACGGGCGCAAUAAAACCUAGCUAGCUAGCGUUAUUGCUCUUUGUUUUUAGGUAGGACGGACGAAUGGGGCAAAGGAAGAAGAGGGUGGAAAGUGUCUAAAAACCAUUUAGCUCAAUCGGCGGUACUCGCAACAGUAGCACUUCCAGCUAAAGUCUGUCAAAACGCCUCUGGUCUCUCUUGCCUGUGCCCUGCAACGCGGCUAAGAAGCAGGAAACUUCGUAAACAGAGGAGGAAGAGCACUUUUCUCCUACUGAAGUGAUAUUUAUUUGAGACCUUUGUAUUUCCUUGAAAGAACAAUCUUGUCUUUUGUACUGGUAUCUUCUUUCACUUUUUAUGUGGUGCUAAAAGGAUUACCAGUUCCAAGAGAUACAUAAAAACAAGAGUGCCUGUUUGGUGGGAUCUGUGUUCAGUUGUGUUGAGCUCUGGUAACACUCUUUAAGAUGUCCUCACAGGGGUGGAUUUCAUGGAUGGUGCUGACCCAGGCUAUAUAAAGAUGAGAAGGAGCUGGAUGUGUGUGAGCCGAAAAUGACGGGGGGCAGUGAGAGUGCAGCAGGAGAAAAAGAUGGUGGUCCCACGCUCACCGCUCAGGUCCCUGUGGGCUGGCAGAGGAAAGUGGAGGACGGGGCUGUGGCUUACAUCAGCCCAAGUGGUACAGUCCUGUGUUCUGUGGAGGAGGUGAGGGGGUAUCUUUUGACAGACAGCACAUGUAAGUGCGGACUGGAAUGCCCACUUGUUCUCCAUAAGGUGUUCAACUUUGACCCUGCUGCUGCGGUCCAUGCUCCGAGUCACGAGUCGCGGAAGGUGGAAGAGGACAUGACCAAGCUGUGCAACCAUCGCAGGAAAGUGGUCGCCAUGGCAGCGCUGUGCCGGAGCAUGCAGACCUCUCAACUCCCACUGCCGGCUCACGGCACAGUGGAAGGCAGGGAUCAGAGAGGGUCCGUAAUGGCUCGAGGAGACGUAGUCCACAGCAAUUACCCGACGCAGCCAAGAGUAAACCAGCCGAGACCCAGCAGCAGUAGCAGUUUUCCUUUGCCCUCCCCACUCUCGCUGCUGCAGAAUGGAUCUGUCUCCCACCCCACCUCAACAGUGGCUCCAGAUCAGAGCCCCCCCUUAAAGAAGCCCUCGCCCCAGCUCCCAGGGCCCAACAUAGCCGCUUUUGGGAAACAACAGUGGAGCCCCCGACCUGCCAUACCCCAAACAGUGCUCCAAAGAGCACCUCACAAGCCCCCCUCUCCCAGCGCUGCGAGACUAGACGGGCACACGCAUGCUUACCAGCUAGACUCCUCCCUGCCAGGCUCAUUCUCUUCGCCCUCCUUGUCAUCCUCACCUUUGAUUGGCAGGUCAGGGCAUCCGCAGGGAGCGAUCGUGAAGUCUCCCUCGCCUCUCUCUGUCUGCUCCUCUCCUUCUCGCGCUCUGGACUCCUUCUCUCCUCCCCAGCGGUCCCGCCACUCCUCCACCAACUCCUCUCUCUCCGAGGGAGCUCCGGGACCCGUCCUCCAUCCGGGGGUGAAACCCCCGCAAUCUCCUCUGCAACAGCCCUGCUCCUCGCCCAAUCUCCCUUUACCCCCAGCUAGCCCGCGCGCUCGUCUCGAGGGCAUUCUGCAGCACUACAAAGAGUGCAGCACUGCCGGCCCCGCCCCCAGCGCCAGCACUGCCUCUACCGCCACCUCCGCCCAGCACCACACUGUGCUCAGCAACCAAAGCAGCCCCCACGGCCCACAGAACCCGACGCCGGCCCACCCGAGCCCCUGCGAGCGGAGGAAUGGACCAGGUGUGGGCGCGCUGGGCUCCAGCUCGUCCCCAGGCCUGCUUGGGCUCCCGUUGGGUCAGAUCCUCUGCCAGCCGAAGAGCCAGCAGCACAUCAGCAGCUCUUUCCCCGCCAGCAGCCUGCUGUCGGCAGCCGCCAAAGCCCAGCUGGCCAGCCAGAAAGGCCAGAGCCAGUCGGGCCCCGAGGCGGUGGCCACGAUCCCCCUCACGGGCCUGGACAAGGACCAGCAGUCAAAGGUAUUGAUCAGCACUUUAAGCACCAGCCUCCACGGGCCCACUGCCCGGGCCCCGCCUCUGACCGCCUUUCUGCUCCCCCAUUCGCCCUCCCUUCCCAUGACCCCGCCCGCUCUGGCAGAAAAAACGCUACGCCGCAAGCGCCAGCGCCGCUCGCCCACCGUGCUUAGCAUGCUGAAAGAGUCGCAGAUGAGCCGGGUCACGGCGGAGACACUCGCUCCUGUCUUCCCCGUUCCCUCCUCCUCCCCCACCUCCUCCAGCCCGCCCGUGCCUGUGCCUCGCCUGGAAAACCAUCUCCAGAGCGUGCGGCUGCCCGCCACCCCUCCCACCGCCUCCACGCCCGGCGGAGUUCCCAGGCAUCCGGACUUGGAGGAAGGCAAGAGGGCGGCUCUCGGUGCCUCCCUUCCCCUCUCCUCCACCCCGGCUUCCUCCGCCCAGCCCCUCUCCGCCCUGCUCCAGCUGCUCAGCAUGCAGAGCGCCCAGAGUGCUGCCCAGUCUGCAGCACCCAGCAGUCCCGCUCCCGGCCUGCCCACGCCCAUAAUGCCCUCUCCGCCCUGCCCCCCAGCUCCGCAGUACGACGGGCAGCCCUGGCGGCGCACCCAUGCGCAGCCGCCUCUGGCCCAGAGCCUGCCGCCCUCCUUGGAGCCUCUCGCUCAGCUACCUGCCCCUCAGCCGCAUGCUCUGAUGUGUGAAGAUGUGGACGGAGGCGCGGUGAACCUCAAGACGACGGUUAGCGCGGUCGUUCUGAACCUGAGCCAGCCCCACACGGCUAGCACGGCAGGAGCCGAGCCUUCCCAUGGCUCCCUGGGCCAGCUGCCCUCGGCUGCCUGCUUGCCCACUUCCGCUGCCCCAGAAAAAAGCUGCGGGUCCAAACCAGGCGAAGCAGCACCUGAUCACAUUUACCAACCAAACCAGCCUAACCACAGCCAAGCUGCAGAGAGUCCUGUGAUAGCAGAGGAGCAGCAGGAAGUGGACACUAGGCUACUAGCUGGCUGUAAUCCAGAGCCCAGCCUCACCCUGCCGCCUCCCACCGCCGCCGCUCCCCCGCCCGACCUCCACAGCUCGUCGGCUGACCCCGCGAGUGCCUUGCAGCUGGCCGAGUCAUUCCCCUUCAUGACCCAGGAGCAGCUCCUCCAGCUCCUUUCCUCCACGGCAGGCCUGCCCUCCCUCCUGCCGCCCUUCUUAGGCUCUCUGCCGCUUGGGCUCUGCGCGGGUGGUCAGCCUCCUGCAACAGGAAGCGCCCAAGCGCCGCACCCGGCAAACAGCCUCCUCAGUCAGGCUUCUCCGCUCGGCCUUCUCCCUUCUUCGCUUGGAGCUCAGGGGGAAUUCCCCCUCAACCUUGUUAGCCUUUUGAAUCCACCCGCCCCAGGUCCAGCUCUGGCUCCACCCCCUGCCCCACCUCCGGGGCUUGAGGUGUGCGAGAAGCCUCCUGGGUUGCAGGCUCUGCUCAUGGCAUCUUUGCUUCUGGGCCAGAACCCUGCCGCCGUGCUGCCCUUACCGGGACUCAACCUGGAGCUUCCCCCUCAGCAGCAGGUAUUCGGGGAGGGUGUGUCCCUGGAGAAAAGCCCUGCUCUGCUGGACUCUGUGUUGAUGGGGCCAGGGCUCCUUGAAGCUCUGCAAGCCCUGGUGCCCCCUGCAGACGGCCAAUCCCUUCUGCUCUCUGCCCAGCUCAGUCCGCCCCCUCCACCUGCCUUCCUGUCCCUCAACCCCGCCCUGCUGGCUGCAGCUCUCGCCCAGGCCGAAUCGCUCCCCAACCACACUCCACCCCCUCCGCCUCACACUCAGGGGACCCUUCCCAGUCCUGCUCUGGUCUCUACCUCUGUGUCAUGUGCCUCUCUGGUGCCCGUCACUGGCCAGGAGGUGUGCGACUCGCUGACCGAGCAGGAGAAGACCAGCACCCAGACACCUCAGUUUCUGCCCCCACUCCUGCCUCCAGGAGUACUGGGUGACCUGGCAGCUCUGGGUAACAUUAAUAGUCUCCACGGUUUACUAGGAGCAGGGCCGUUACUGCUUCCUCAGGCUUCGUCUCUGGGCAUGCCACUACCGCAGAGCCAGGCUACCCUCAACCCGCUCACCUGCUUGCAGCUGUCUAUGGCUCCAGCACUAAUGGAGGAGAAACCACUGGCUCUGCACGGGACUCCCCCUGCACAGGAGGAGCUUCCUCCAGCCCAGCUGGCCCAGGACAGCCUGCUUAACCCCGGACACGUUCAGGCACCUGUGCAGCAGAGGGAGGAGUCGGUGGGGGCAGACUCGGGGCUCCUGGACCCUUACACUUCCUUCAUGGACACCAUCUACACUUCCUUCUUGCAGGUCAGUGGGCGAGGCUCUGAGGCAGUGGCCGACUCCACCCCCCUCUCAUACCCGGAGCUCCCGCCCCUCCUACAGCAGCCCAGCGCCCCGCCCUCCCUCAGCCCACGCCGAGCCUGCUCCGUCCACAACCCCGACCUGUCCCGCCUCGGCAUGGAGGCCGCCCAGUCGCCGGCCCGCGGCACGCCCAAGCUAACGGAGAACCCCUCCACCCCACCUCCCAGCAGACCGGCCAGAGCGGACGCCUGUCCUGCCGACGGACCCCUACAACUGACCUUCAUGGAGGAGGCCAAGACUGACGGCUCGACCAAGCUGUGCGUCUACAGCAACGGGAUAGGCUCGGGAGCAGGGCCGGGAGGAGACAAUGACGACGAGGUCGAAGAAGAGGAAGAAAGGCAGCCACAGGGAUAUCUGAGCCCCAGAGAGAGAGUGAACAAUGACGCAGUGGUCGACACCAUAUGCAGCACAGACCCAGAGCAAGGCAGGGCUGCAGAAAUACGUACAGGAGCAAGGAGAGGUAGAAAGAGAAAGCAAACGUUGCAACGAGGGUCAGAGAUUCCAGGUGAUAUCGCCAGCAUCAUAGAGGAACCGUCAGCUACGACGGCACUUCCGAGGCCGACGAAAGCUGCCAGAGGGAAGCGGCGGCGCGUGGUCAGAUAAGACGUCAUAACCGAAGCCCUUAUCCUACUGUACUUUUACCCGCCAACACCAGCACUGUCACUAUGGCAACGCUUCAGGGCCAAGUGUCAUGGCACGCCACUGAGCCGCCGCGUUGUCGAGGACCCGCAGAAAACACUUUGUUUUUCCGAAACCCCGGUUACCUCACUCCCCUCCUUCCCAUUCUCCCUGUGUUCUGACCCAUACCUUCCAGUUACGUUUGUAGUGCUGAUGCUGUGAGUUGCUAGUUCUGGAGACAGCUAGGCAACACUACUACAUAGGAACAUUUCACUGCUACUAACCUUCCAUUUUGAGCAGUGUGUAUGUGCAUGUGUGUGGCUGUGGUUGUGCAUAUACGCAUCUUUCAGCUUGAACACAAAUUGGAUGCCUGAAGUCCAGUGUUUUGGAGGUUAUAGUUAAUAUGGGCCUAUACCACCCUCUAUCUGCCACUCAUUGUUACUGCACGCUCCUGUUAGCCGUUAGUUUCCUUCCUUAUUAGCCGUCGUGCUGGGAUAGCUCUAGCGUAAGGUUCCGUAUAAACGUUGACCAAAAUGAAAUAUUAACUGGUUUAACUAUCACUGCUUGUGUGAUAAUCUUUGGAACCUCACACUUUAGGAAAAAAAUUAAUCAUGCAACCUCAUGAGUAGAAUUUCCUUCCCUACACACAGGCAUGUAUUGUAUGUAUGUGUGCGUUCAUGUGUGGGAGGAGAGUAUGUAGUGUAUCUGUGUGUAAGUUGCGGGGUUGGAGUCUGAUACUGUGAUCAGUGGCAGAUUCUACAUGUACGGUUAGAGCCGUAACUCUACCACUCCUUUGGGACUGAACCCGACUGCCACUUAUCAACGCAGGCACAAGAAUAUUUAAAUGGUUUAAAGUAAUAAUGAGUAUGAUUAUGCAAUUUUACUAAUGAAUUUUAUGUAAAUAUGUACAGUUUUAGUAUUUUAUUUUGUACACUUUUUUAGAAAAAAAUGAUCAAUUUGUAAAGUAUUUCUUCUUCAGAAAAACUCUUCUUUCCCAUAUUUACUUUUGAUUUGUAAAGAGAAUACUUUGAAAGUUGUGAGCAGUAGCAUUUGUUUUUUAUGGGAGUUUUUUAUUUAACAAAUUAAAAACGUUUACCAAAUUCUGA